ACCCCGAGCGUGUGUGACAAUCCAGAGUUGGCACCGUUGCCAGUGCCAAGUGAGCGCGUGCUUCUUGCCAGAGUGGGCAUCAUGACACGAAUAGGCAACGGUAAUUUUGGUCUAUUUGAACUGGAAAGCUCUCCGAGCCAGAUCGGCUUUCCUUGGCUCUGGUUUUCGUUUUGUAGCCUAUUUUGGCUGGGAGCAGGGAGUCGACUCCCUCGUUGCGGGCGCUAGAGCGGGGAGAAACAAUCUCAACUUGCCUGGAAUAGUUCCGAUCGAACUCCAUACCCUAUUGGGCAUCGUUCGCAUUCGGAAAAAGAGGCUAUUGUGUUGAGUCUCUUAGGAUUCGCUUUCCUUCAACAAGAACCGUACAUUAGGUCAGUACUAAGAGUAGCUGGCUGUCGCGACAGUCAAUUAUUAUUCGUGAAUUUUCUCCGUUGACGAAGACCCUGUGGACUAGGUUAGGCUCUUUACCGGCAGCCGCCCCCACACGGGUGGUGCAGUCGUUGCUCUUCAAACCAGUUGUCCGGCUCUCGAUGUCCGAUUGUUACUGGUGCAUACCGCGUAUCGCUGGCUUCGUGACCCGGCUUAGAGCACUCAGUGCCAGGAACAGGUAUUUCGUUCGCUAUUCGCCGUUUCGUAACAUCGGAACAAGUGUAGUUCACUGGUCGAAGGUCGCCAGCUAAGCACCCCAUACGUUUGGUGGUCGUUUCAAUCAUCUUGAUACCAAGUCAGUUGUUUGCCUUGCGACCAGAGUGAAACGGAACGCAGCUUCGUUGGCUACCCAUCCAGGUGAGACAACUCUUCGUCACGGCCCGGUCGUGGAUUCAGCCCUCUAUCUCGAUCCGGAACAAGUGCAAGGGGUGAGGAGAGGACGUGAGAGCGACACGCACGUUUAGUGGUGUCUGGUGACGACGCAAAGGCAUCAUCCACACUCGCCACGCCACACCGCUCAGCAAGUACAGACCGGGACUUGGUCACCUGUUGAAAGAGAUCCUUGCUUGAAAGCUGCGGUUAGCUGAAGUGGAUUCAUCGAAUCAUCGGCGAUCUCUCCCAAUAGCUGUGCUUGCUAUUCAUCAAGAUACUCAGUUACUUGUAGAAAGCGUUCCCUGGCGGAAAGCUGCGGUUAGCUGGUGUGGAUUUCAUCAAAUCAUCUCCAAUCUACGCUGAUAUCACCGUUCACUAAGAGAAUCGGUGUCUUGUUGAAAGAGAACCUCGCAGGAUAGCUGCUGUUAGAUGGUGUGGAUUUCAUCGCAUCAUCAUCGAUAUCUGCCAGUAUCUGUGUUCACGUUUCAUCAAGAGAAGGGGCCAAGGCGAGAGGUAGAAUUCGCAGGACAGCUGUCAGAUUUUGGAGCGUGGUCUUCACAAGCAUCGAAGUUCACGAUCGAUAUCACAUACUCCUAUUCAACAAGAGAAGCGACCAAGGAGAGAGGUAGAAUUCGCACGAAGGCGAUCAAUUUCCAGAGUGUGGUCUUCACAGGCCUCGUAUUUUUCGGUCAAUAUCACAGACUCCAAUUUAACAACGAAAUUGGUCACUCGUUGAAGGAGUUUCUUCCAGUAAACCUGGGGUUAGCAGGAGUGGAUUCAUCUAACCUUUGGCGAUCUCUGCCGAUAUCUGUGCUCGCUAUUCAUUAAGAGAAGCCGCCAAGGCGAGACGUAGAAUUCGCACGGAAGCUGUAAAUUUUCAGAAGGUGGUCUUCACAGGCAUCGUAUUUCACGGUCGAUAUCACAGACGCCUAUUCAACAAGAGAAACGGCCAAGGCGAAAGGUGGAAUUCGCACGAAAGCGUGGUCUUCAUAGGCAUCGUAGUUCACGGUCAGCAUUACUGAUUCCUAUUCAACAAGAGAAGAGGCCAAGGCAAGAGGUAGAAUUCGCACGGAAGUUGUCAAUUUUCGGAGCGUGGUCUUUACAGGCAUCGAGUUUCACGGUCGAUUUCACAGACCCCUUUUCAACAAGAGAAGAGGCUAAGACGAGAGGUAGAAGUCGCACAGAAGCUGUCAAUUUUUGGAGUGUGGUCUUCGCAGGCAUCGUAUUUCACGGUCGAUAUCACAGAUCCCUAUUCAACAAGCCUGGCCAGAGUUCCACUACAAAAAGCAGCAAAACAGCUCCCACAUUGACUAGCAGUGCUGGAACCGAACAGGUUGUAGCAAUACUGGAGUGUUUCCAUCAACAGCACGGCACUAUCAACUAUUUGGCAUUUGUUUUCAGGGUAAGGGUCAUCUGCUAUCCAACAUUGAAGUAACUGUUUGAUAUCAACAACAACGUUCACUGGAACAGGAAUUGUCAUCUACAGAUACCACCACGACUUGAAUUUUCAUCUACCGAUACUACCACUGCCUGGAAUUGUCAGCUACCACUGCUGCAAUUGACCGUAUCUGUUAUCUACCACUGAAACAAUUAACUGCAGCUGUCAUCUACCACUGGUACAAUUAACUUCAGCUGUCAUCUACCACUGCUGGAAUUAACUGCAGCUGUUAUCUACCACUGAUACAAUUAACUGCAGCUGUCAUCUACCACUGACACAAUUAACUGCAGCUGUCAUCUACCACUGCUGGAAUUAACUGCAGCUGUCAUCUACCACUGAUACAAUUAACUGCAGCUGUCAUCUACCACUGCUACAAUUAACUGCAGCCAUCAUCUACCACUGCUGGAAUUAACUGCAGCUGUCAUCUACCACUGACACACUUAACUCCAGCUGUCAUCUACCACUGCUGGAAUUAACUGCAGCUGUCAUCUACCAUUGACACAAUUAACUGCAGCUGUCAUCUACCACUGAUACAAUUAACUGCAGCUGUCAUCAACCACUAAUAGUUGCAGCUGUCAUCUGCCACUGAUACAAUUAACUGCAGCUGUCAUUUACCACUGACACCAUUAACUGCAGCUGUCAUCAACCACUGCAGGAAUUAACUGCAGCUGUCAUCUACCACUGAUACAAUUAACUGCAGCUGUCAUCUACCACUGCUACAAUUAACUGCAGCUGUCAUCAACCACUGCAGGAAUUAACUGCAGCUGUCAUCUACCACUGAUACAAUUAACUGCAGCUGUCAUCUACCACUGAUACAAUUAACUGCAGCUGUCAUCUACCACUGCAGGAAUUAACUGCAGCUGUCAUCUACCAACUGAUACAAUUAACUGCAGCUGUCAUCUACCACUGCAGGAAUUAACUGCAGCUGUCAUCUACCAACUGACACAAUUAACUGCAGCUGUCAUCUACCACUGAUACAAUUAAUUGCAGCCGUCAUCUGCCACUGCUGGAUUUAACUGCAGCUGUCAUCUACCACUGACGCAUAAUACUGCAGCUGUCAUCUACCACUGACACAAUUAGCUGCAGCUGUCAUCUACCACUGAUACAAUUAACUGCAGCUGUCAUCUACAACUUCUACAGUUGACUGGAAUUGUAACCACUAUUACCAUUGACUGGCACUGGUAUUUACUACUGCUAUCACUGGAAAUUCUGCGACUCAUCAGGAAAGCAAUCAAAGUUUACAUUGUGUGAGGGUUGCUGGCUUGCCUUGUUGUCUCUUGGCAUUUGCACCUGUGUUCUCUACAUCAAAGGAAACACGUGGACUCAAGGGGUUUCUGUCCAAAAGAAAGGAAACUGUCGACACUCACUUCAGAGAGUCACUGGUCAGCAGCUGUCCACAAAAGAGACUUCCUCAGCGGAGCAAUAAUUAUUAUACUCUGGCAUUCCACUUUGUCAAUAGGUCUGAAAUCUGAAGUUGACUUGUAGUCGUAACACAAUCCAGCAUAUCCAGCCAGCAACACAAAGCCGGAACCGGAUAUCCAGGGUCAUAUACACCCUGUCCUGUGCUGCUAACACUCUACACCGUAAUACAUUACUCAUGGUGUUCAUCUGGUUGUCAUAGUAACCUGGAUUUCAACAACAUUUCUACAGGAUUUACUAGAGGAUUUGUUAAGUAGCCAGAUCUCAAUCUCCACCACUGUAUUGGAUUGAUAUUACAGUGGUGACUAUCACAGACAUCCGCCUAAUAACAGACCCACUCGGGUAUCAAGUCAUCAUAUCAACCUAUCAACCAUCAAAGAUUUAUCGCAGUUCAUCUCAACUACAGCACGUUCAACAAAGUACCUACAUCAGUACGCUCUCCGUUCCCAUCAAGUACACCGCCUCUGCUUCAAAGUUGUCUACUUGUGUUUGGUCUUGACCUGGCUAAGUCAACACCACAACUACAAGUACAACUUGAGAGUUUUCUGCAGAGACUAGGGGAAACUUGGCAGAACAACACUAUUGUCUUUUGCUCAAGACACCAAGGCUAGCUGUGUGGUAGCUUCACCCUUUACAUAGCCAAGGACACUCAACACAGCCAGAACAAGAUCUGGUGACGUCAUCAAAACAUUCUCUCUGCUACUCCACUCACAGAUCAAUACUGUGGUACAGGUGACUCGCUGAACGUGCAAAUUCCUCAGCUGACCGUGGCUAUCGACACUUGAUAUAUCAUUGCUGCUGCAACAUCUGUUCUACCCUCACAUCAGCUGCAUUCUCACUACAACCCUAUACUGUUAUUGAUUCUGAGCUGUUGACCUGAUCUCUGCCUAUACAACUUGACUCCGUGAAAACAGAAAACAUCACUCAGGGAGUGUAUCCUCGGCCAUAGACACGUUUGCGAGGUGAAACUACCAACGUCAUUGCCUUAUCAUCGCCACUAUCAUCUCCACUAUCAUCAACAUUAUCGCAGGGAAGCACACUGACCAGCAAUUGUCCGGGUAGUCAAUCAGCUUCACCUCAGGACACCAAUUGCGGUCCAAGUCACCAACAGUCUUUGUGUUGAUCAAACGUAGCCUUCACCAUGAAGACCAUCGAAGCACUGGCAUUCAAGGACCUCGAGAGCAUGCUAUGUGAGGACCUUCAACAUUCUGUCCACGACAUCAUGGAUCGGCUUGUAAGCAACAGCUUUAUCCCAAGCUACAGUCGUGAGUUUGCAAAAAUCACGCAUCAAAAAUCGACUGGCCAUGAACAGAUCAAUUUGCUAAUUGGCUACCUUCUGACUGUGCCAGGUCAGAAAGGAAAGAAGGUGUUUGUAAUGUUUUGCAAUAUUCUACGUCAGAUCAACUUUGGGCAGCUUGCCAAGAAGCUGGAGAGCAGGGCAGAAAUGUACGAUCAAAGAAAUUUGUCCAGCCAAUCCAAUGGUGACAUGGAGUUCCACGGAUGGGAGUGUAAACGCUCUGCUCCAUUCCUAACAGAAACCUUCCCAUCGCCAUCUACUGGAUUACAACAAGCAGCCACCAAUGCAGCCACUGCCAGUGUACAGAAGAGCCAAACAACAACUCAACCACAACAACAACAACAACCGCAGGCUGAUGUUGAACCAUUGCUAGCACACUACCGUAAGCGUCUUCUUCAACUUUGUCGAAUCGAAAGCAAGCGGACUGCUCUACCAGGAAUUGGUACCCGGCGUGAAGGACAGACAGAUGUUCGCAGUUUCUACACUAGCGUGCAGGCCUUGACACUGGAACAAGCUGAACAACAACUGAACGAAAAGGGUGGGAAAACAGAAAGAUGCAGCAUGACAACGAGAUCAAUACCAAUACGUCGAGCAUCACAACUUCUGCAACGUAAGCUAGGUGAACAUGUGCCGUCACGUUAUGAUAACGACCGCAGAUCACUUGUUGAAAGCAGCAUGCUUGUUUCUCCAGCUGGCAGUGGGAAAAGCACAGUGUGUAAGAUGCUUUUAUCCGACCACUACCAUAACAACACUGACAGCAGCAGCAACAGCAACAGCAGCAGCAAAAGCAGCAGCAGCAACAGCAGCAGCAACAGCAGCAGCAGCAACAACAGCAGCAGCAGCAGCAACAGCAGCAGCAACAACAGCAACAGCAGCAAUAGCAGCAGCAGUGCUGUACCUUCUUGCAGUGCUGUUGACAGCGGUACAUGCACCAGUGCUACUGAUCCUGAUUCCACACGCCAAGCUAACACUACAAUCAGCAAGGAUGUAACUGCUGCCAACAGUGGUAACGCCUCAACCAUGACAGACAGUCUUAGCACCUCUUCCAACACAACCAGCAGCAGCACCGUCACUAUCACCAGCAGCAGCACCAGCAGCAGCACCAGCAGCACCAGCAGCGGCAGCACCAGCAGCAGUACAUGUGGUAGCAGCAACGAAAACGGUGCAAAGGGCAAAAAUGAGGAUGGAAAAAGUAGUGGAAGCAGAGAUGGGGCCAACAGUGAAAAAAGCCGUGAGAGCAGCACUGAGAGCAGCGGUGGGAGAAGUCGGAGACAACAUGCCGAAGAGGAGAGGGAGUUUAGAAGAGAUGCAGUGCUCUCCAAUUUCAACUAUGUAAUACAUCUACCUUGCCGUGAUGUGGAUAGAGUCUGCAGUUACAAUUGGUCUACUCUACUUGGCCUGGAUGAGCAAUGUCUGCAUCUAGACACACACCAGCAAGACCAAAUGAUCGAGUACCUAGAGGAUCAAUCACAACAAGUCCUGUUCAUUGUCGAUGGAUUGGACGAAAUUGGCAAAGAUGUGCUCGAGGAACGAUCAGCUCUCUCAUCUCUCGUCCAUCGUGAACGGUUUGCUGACUCCCGAAUCUUGUUGACAAGCCGUCCUUGUCAGCUAGCAUCCACGCUUGCUAAAGAAUGUGAAGAACACUAUUGGCUGGCUGGGUUCAAUGAUCAUCAACUCGAACGCUACUGCCUUCGUAAUCUUGGUGAAGAUCUUGGCCAAUCUUGUUGGGACGAGCUAUGCGAGGUUAGCUUGGGGCACGUCAAGGAAGCACUGAAGUCCUCCCCAUUGCUAUGUGCAAUGCUCUGUGAGCUCUACCGAAGUCGUCAGAAUGUACCGAGGUGUGCAACCAUGAUGUACUCCGGCUUCGUCAAGCAAGCUGCAAACCUUCGUGGCUGGCAGUUGCAAGAUAAUGGAGUCAGCCUUGAGAGCCCCACACUGAGUAACAGCUUGGCUUGUGCCACAACAACAGAGGAGGACCAAGAGGAACACUCUGCUCCACUGUGGACAACUCAUAGCAGUCAACCUCAUCACUGUGUACCAGCAUCAACUGAUACAGCCCACACCGCAGCUGUCAGUGGAGAUACUGUACUAAUACAACGUAGCAGUGAUACGGAGCAAUCACAUCAAUGUAUGAGCAAACGUGCACAGAACGAGCUUGGUCGUGUAGCUCUCAUGUCCUUGAAUAGAAAGCAAGUACUGAUUCCUACAAGCGCCUUGUCCAGUGAGUGCAUUAAUGCAGCUUGCUCUAUUGGUCUCCUUGUUGAGAGUAACACAGGUAUUGGCAAUGUACUACGUUCACAGGCAAAACCAUGUGUCUACUUCGUACACUACUCACUACAGGAGUACUUUGCAGCACAGUACUUGUGUGCAGAUCCUGAGCAUGCUCAAGCGGUGAGAGAAUGUGCACGAGAUGGUUAUGGUGUUGGUGAGGAGGCAGCACCAUUCUGGGCAUUUGUUUGUGGUUCUGCAACUAGCAAGCAAAUAGCGGAGAUCAUCAGUAUACUAAAAUCAGCAAUGUUAGAACAUGGCCGGACUGUUGCCAACGCUACUCGUUCUCUCCUGUCCUACUUCAUGGAGCAUGUCAACACCAGACCAACCCUCACAGAACAAGCAAUGUUUGGUUCUGGCGCGCCUGAGGAGACCAGUUACCUCUCCAAGGCAGUGGACAGCAUUGCUGCUGAUGGACUAAGACUGGAUCACAUCCAACUUGUAAUGAGUGAUAUACUGGCACAACAGUGUGUACAUGAUCAUGCAACUACUAUCAAGCUACUGAAUCUCACAAGUUGCAACCUCACAGCAGAGACGUGCAACAUACUCACACUGUCCAAGGCUGAAGAGCUACAACUGGGGGUGAAUCCAUGCAGUGCCAGUCUGGUGGAAAUGGCAGCAAGAUCUCUAUCUUGUCCAGGCAGCAAAGUGAGAAACCUUUGGCUUCGCGUGUGUAAUCUAUCUUCAUGUAGCUAUCCAGGUCUGCUGGCAUGUAUGCAGGCUAAGAAUCUCCAAAAAUUAUGGAUAUCUUCCAAUAAGGGACUUGGAAAUGGCUUUCUGGAGUAUCUACAACGGACACUCUACAGUGAGUGUCAGCUUACAUACCUUGAUCUGGAACAUGUUGGUCUGACAGCUGGUUGUGGAAGUCAAUUGGCUGCACUCAUCACCAAACUGCCACAGCUUCAGCGACUGGAUAUGAGCUGCAAUAACCUCAGCAACUCAGACAUUGAACAAGUUCUGGGUGCUUUGAAUACCAAUGUCGUUGAGGUAGUCUGGGUCAAGGGCAAUGACCUGGAUGAUGGUAUCGUUCCAGCUAUCUGUGAGUUCUAUCAGAGAAAGAACGGAAAGCAGCAGCAGCAGCAGCAUUCAUCAACUAGCACCUCUCAAGCAGUUCAGAAUGGCCACACAUGUCAACUUCAGUUACAAGGCUGUAAUGUGACCAGAGAAGGUCUGGAAACCAUAGCAACCGCACAGUGCUUAUCCCAUGGUGAUGUGGUGGUCACUGGUCUCCACUUUGUGAACAGUGAUGGUGUACGAGAGCGGGAUCUGCGGCAAAAGUUGCUCAAGUCCAGUGCCAAUCUCUACAUGGAAUAUAUUGGUGAUACUGGCGCACAGCAGAUUGCUCCAGCUAUUGGCUAUAAUGGCAGCGAUCACUAUAUGUACUACAUAGCCCAUCAAACCAUCCAGAAAGUCAUCCCAGUCAUGGCUGUCAACACAACUAUGGAGAUACUAGAUCUCCGGUACUGCAACAUAACCAACACUGGUGCAGAGAUGCUUGCCGAGCAAGGUCUGGCACACAACAACACACUCCGAGUGGUCUACUUAUCGUGCAACAACAUUGGACUGCGUGGAUUGUGCUCAGUACUCAGAGCAUGUCGUCAACGCACUGCAUCAUCUCCACUGGCAUUGGAUAUGUCAGAUAACAACAUCUUUCCUACAUAUCAACAACUGCCACCGCUCCAACAACCACAACAGCAGCAGCAAGUUGAUGUUAUCCGUCCAGUAACGAGUCUACUGUCACAGUUCAAAGGGAUUGUUUAUCUCGCACUUUCAGGCACAGGACUGGAUGAUGACACUGGAGCUGAGUUCAUCACAUCUCUACGCAGUAAUCAGUCUAUCAAGUUGCUCACACUUGGCCGUAAUGCCUUGAGUGAUCGCAGCGCUGGUGCACUGUGUGUUGCUAUGGAGACCAACACCACACUGAAGACCAUCUCACUGUACGAGAACAACGUGACCGAUGAUGAAGUGAAGCAGCUCAUCAGCUCACCUGGUGUACAGCGUAUGCAUGCUGUAGCAUUGGGUGACAAUCCAUGUCAGGCAGAGCAGCUCAGAAUGCCGCUGUUUGAUGGCGGGAUCUCAUAUAGCCCAAGUAGUCUUCUGGAACUCAUAAAGUGACCUAAUUGGACAGCUGGAGCAAUAUGACAGUGAGUGUUUUCAGUCGCGUGAUCAAUAUUCUGCUGGCCAUAGACUCUUCCUGUUUGCUAUUCUCAUAAUGACCAUUUCAUGGAGCAGCCUUGAAACUGUAAACAGCUGCUACACUUGAAUAGACGGAAUGCAUGAUAGUACCCGUAGUGUUUGAGUUACCUGAGAGAGACAACUACAGUUGAAAUCUAUACUUUUUCUCAUAUCAGCAAUGUUUAGUGAGAGCUACCAUAGUUGGUUUAGAUCACUUGUCAGACAUUUCUUCAGUACGAUCUUCACAACACACACUUCAUUCCCAAAACAUGUAGAGAUCACAGUGCAAGAAGCAACAUAUCCAACAGCAUCAUUGUUUUUCCCACCAGUAAUUCUGUGUAGUCGUGUAAUGGAACGUACACAGCAACUCCACUGUAACCAUGGUGACAGCUAUGUUACAGAAUAUCCACUCACAGAGCAUGGAUAGUGUUGUCCUUUUCUUACACCCUUCCUCCCCUUACAUUUCCAUCAUUGAAUUAUGCUAGUUUUGGAUGAAUUCUCUAAAAGAAGAUCAUGCUUCUAGAGGU